AUGAGUUUCUAUUCAAGUCUGCCAUCUAGUACUACGAGUGAUACGUUGUAUCCAACUCUUUUUGAAAUCGUCUCUUCUCAGGAAAUCGAUGAUUUGCUCCCUUCAUCUAUUAGGUAUAUCAUAACAAAUUACUGGAUUCUUAACAACCCGACAAGAUGGAAACUUCAGAUAAAUAACUAUUUUGAUGAGUGGUUUAGGCUUCUUUUAAAAGGAGGUGUUGAACUUUAUCAUUUAAAUCAUUAUAAUUCAACUUUUAUUGACAGGUUUUACGGAUUGCAAAAAUUUAACGCUAAGAAUAAGACAUAUUUAAGAGCUCAAACUAAGUUAUUGGAAAAUGAAAACGGUGAAUGGUUACUAAAUUUACAGUUAACUCAGUGGCAGAAAUUGAUUCUUCUGUUGCAAAAGACAAUAAUACCUUAUUCAAAAAUAAAAUUAGAUGAACUUCAUCAAAAACUCUCGGUUCAAUCUACUUUCCAUGAAACUAAUGAAAAGAUACACAAAUGGUUUUUAAAAUGGUAUCCAAAGUUUAAAAAACUCGUUUUCAUACUCAAUCUAGUUGUCAAAUUGAACUUUCUUGGCGGAAAAACAGGUUCUACUUCAUUCUUAGAUUACAUAACUAACAUUGAAUAUACAAGAAUAAUGGUACCUUUACAGGAGAGGUCCGGGAGUUAUCAGGGUAUACCGCUCAAGAAUAAUAAUGAUUUUAAUAGGCCAGUGAAACUCAAUAAGAUGACGGUAUGGAAAUCAGUAAUGGAAAAUUUAAAAUUCUUAAACUCAAUAAAUUUUAAGCUUUUGGCAAAUUUAUUCCCAGCAUUUAUAUUCAUCUUGAAAGUUUAUCAAUGGUGGGUUGCCAAUGACUUAUCGACAAAAUUAUCCAAUAAGCUAAAUAAUAUAGAUAAACAAAUCCCAAGACCGCCAACUCGUGAAGGUGAGACUUUGACUUCAAAUAAUUGUCCCAUAUGUUCGCAGCCUAUCACAAAUCCUUGCAUAUUGGAAAAUGGAUUAGUAGCUUGCUAUCCCUGCACGAUAGACUAUCUAAAAAAACAUGAAGGUAAAAGUCCCAUAACAAAUCAGAGACUGCUGGGUUGUGUGUUUGACAAGGAUACCAAAGAAUGGGUAUUUACAGGUAUUAGGAGGCUCUUAAUCUGA